GAUAUACAAAUCGCGUGCGCACACACUUCCAAAGCUCACUGACACUCCAGUUCUCCAGUGAACUAAAGCUGUUUUUUCCUGUUGGGAAGUGGAAUCGGAAACUUCAGUGUAUGCACAGAGCCACGAACUCACAGAGAAACAAUCAAACUAUUGUUGCAACUCCAGUACGACCUCGGCGAAAGGCGACGACAGCUCCACUCUAUAUCGGAGUAGCCUACACCAUCUGCGGAUAAAUCAAGACCAUACCAGAACAUUAACGUUUGAUAAAGGCGAGGCUUGCUGACAGGAUGACAGAAGUGAUGAACACCUGUGAUUCGACGGUGGGAGACUUCAACAUUGGAGGCGCCUCAGGAGAAGAGGGUAUAUCCUUUCAGAUCUUUCCAGACUCCCACGAACGGUUCCCCAAGCUGUCCAAACGGCUUCCCUCCAUCGUGGUGGAGCCCACUGAGAGCGGAGAAGUGGAGAGUGGAGAGCUCCGCUGGCCCCCCGAUGACCUUAGUUACCCUGAUGAAGACCCCGGAGAGGCCCAGGCCCAGGCAGCAGGCGAGGAUAAUCCAGCAGGGGUACAGCAAUGAUGGGAGGAGUUUAAAACUGACUCUCACAGUGCUGGCACCAUUCCAGCCACACACUGCGAGUGUCUCCAUGAUGGACAGAAGCAAGGAGGAGGGUGUUCAGGCUAAGCCCGUAAUCAACUAGAACCGCCAACUUGUUGGUAGACCUCCACAACACUUGGUGGGGCUGAGCCCUGUACGAUUGUCUUAAAUUGCUCAUAGGUGCCAAACUCCAGUGAGUAGCUUGUUACUGUAGAUUCAUUUGUUGCUUGUUUUACUUUUUAGGUUUUACAAACAACAUUUUUUAUAUACACCCCAUUCAGAGUUUGUUUAGCUGUGAUCUUUAGAUACAGUAUACAAAAUAAAGAUAUGAACAGUUCUGUAUAUACAAUUUUAAUGUAUCUUGCUGCCUUAGACCAAAGUCUAUCACAGUACUCUUAUGAAAACUAUAUGUACUGUACACUGUAGAUCACGGGUUGGAACUGGUCAGAACAGACAAUUGGAAAAUAACAUCAUUUUUCAGGGAACAGAAACAACCAGGAACAAAAGUGAUCUCUAGUGUUCUGGAACAGAACCAUUAUUUUCAAAUCUUGAGAACCGACAAAUAAUCAUAUUUCUUUGUUACAAAAAUAUUUCUUAUGUCGAGCAUAUACAUUACCGGUAAAAAGUUUUAGAACACCUACUCAU